UUAUUAUUAUUAUUUUGCGAUGCAGGAGGUAAUAGUGAGUUGCAGAGCUCGAAUAGAGGAGGAGAGGCUUACAAUGGCGCCUAGACAUUUUCUUCUCCUUUGGUUAAAUGCUAGGGUUUUCAGGUUUAGAGAUCGAGCCCCGUAAAAUCAGAGAUGGUGGAGAUGGCAGUGAGAGCACUGAUUAGAUCGUCUGUAAAACUGUUGAAGAGGAUUUGCUCGCUUCUCUAGUGCUGCUACCUGAACAACAACCAUUUAUUGGAUGAUGGAGCGCUUCUCCUUUGGAUCUGAUACCGCGGCUGACCAUGAGUGCAUCUUUCUAGACCUCAUUAAUCCAAAGCAUUUGGCAGGAUUCGAUGGACAGGCCUACUUCUCUUCAUCGCGUGGUCCUGAUCCUCUGCAUGCAGUCUUACUGCAAAAAAACCUGCAUGCCACCACCACCAGCACCACGGCAGCUGCCGCUGCCGGAGACAUGAGCCCCCCAACCAUAGAAAAAGCAAAAGACUUUGAGAGCAAGCGACUAAAAGCCGAGACACAAAGAAGAAGACACGAAAGGAUACGCCCAGCUUCCUUGGACCUAAAUGAUCAAGUCGAGGUAUUGGGAGCCAUGACCAGCCUACACCCUCACCAUCAUCAAAAGGGUUCUUCACAUGCUCCACGUCGGACUGCCAACAACUGGCCAAGCCCCGGUACUCCAAUCUCAAGGCAUCCUGCCCCCAACAAAGGUUGGAGCUCAGAGCGAGUCCCACUAAAUCAUGGAAGGCAACGUUACAUUGGUCUUCCACCCGGACCCACCAAUGGGAGAGGAGGCCUGCCAUCUAAGUGGGAGGAUGCCGAGAAAUGGAUUUUCAGCCCUGUGACUUUGGUUGGAGGAGCAGAUGUUUCUUCUUCAACAUAUAGGAAUUCUGCUUUGGCCCCUCCUCCUCGCCGGCCAAAGUCGAAAAGUGGGCCCCUUGCUGUGGUGGGUCCAUAUUCUUCUUCACCUAUGGGUCCGGUGAAUAAGGCAGUGGAGCUCGGGGUUAUAAAUGCAGUUGAAGAGGGCCCUCAGAAUACUACUUUGGUGGGAUUUCAGGGUUAUCAAGUGCAGCCGUGUAUAGUUCGGUCGGCUAGUGUACAUGGGUGGUCGGAUCUUAUGAACCAGGCUACUGCUCAGAGCUCCUCUCAAGGGACAGAUGAGAAACCCUGGAGCAACAGCAAGGAUGCAUCGAGCAUGUGCAUGAUCUCCCCAGGAGUCUCGAGAAGGGAUGUGGCAACACAGAUGAGCCCUGGUGGGAGCACUAUCUCAUCUCCUACCAAGAGAAGGGCUUCUCUAUCUUCGUUAUCGUCAAAUUCCUCCUGUUCAGCCUUGGUAGUGGCAGAAUUGCAGCAGCCACCCCGUCUCUCCAAAUCAGAGACAUUGAGGGACGUCCAAGUGGAUGAGGAGUGGCAAUCAAAGAGCGGGGAAGGAGGAGCUCGGGCCUCCUCUUGGCUGUCUGUAGGUGCUGACAGGGAAUGGAAGAAGAAGGCUCUUGAAGUUCAGGCCUCAGUAUGGGAAGUUUCAGAAACAGCCAAAUGCAUGUCCAGGUCUAAGCGAGAAGAAGCCAAGAUCUCAGCUUGGGAGAACCUCCAGAGAGCGAAGGCCGAAGCAGAGAUACGAAAGCUAGAGAUGAAAUUAGAGAAGAUGAGGUCCUCAUCCAUGGAGAAGAUCAUGAAGAAAUUGCAGUCAGCUCAAAGGAAGGCUCAAAAGAUGAGGAUAUCAAUCUCUUCGACAAAGGCCCAAAAGGCAGCCAAAACAACGCAAAAAACCACCACAAUACGGAGGACACCACAGAUAGCUUCUCUAAGCGGAUGUUUCACAUGUCAUGCCUCCCCCUAACUGCUGAUGCUGGUUGGCCAUGACCCCUGCAUAUGCUUCUCUCAAAUCAUCAAUCUGCGUUUGGUGAAAUAUAAGGAAUCACUUGGCAUUAAUGCAAUAAAAUUUCCUAGACCCUGGAUCCAAUGCAGGACAUCGACUUUUUUCAUUUUUCUGGGUCAGGUGCAGAUAUCUGCAUGGAUGGUCUUGCCAUCCUCAAUCAACAUGAGAACGCUGGACAUGGCUGCAUACAGAUAUGGUACUAAUGUUGGUGGAGCGCACCUUGGUGCAAAACAUUCAAUCAAGAGCUCCAUAUGAGACUAAACAAUUCGGCAGUCAUCAUUUAAGUAUAGAUAUAGGCGUUUGAUUUUGUUUUGAUGGGAAAGCGGGUAGUUUGCUUCUCUCU